AUGACAAUGAUGGCGACUGUGGCAGCAAGAGAUGUCAUAAACCUCGAGUCUGAGAACAAACUCAGGAGAAAAGCUUUUGGGGAGCUGCCCAUUUCCUUCAACCCUUGCCAUCAUCAUCUAUUGGGUUAUGUUGUAUCCUCUAUCAUACUUGUCGCGGAGCCUACAUUCGCUACUAUGAAGGAAGACAAUGUUGAUGAGGUGAGCUUCACUGGCCUGGCAACAAAAGCUUUCGGAAGUCAUGCAGGUUCUUCCAUUGCUUUAGUUUAUGCUUCCCUAAGUUUCUCUUUGUUGGUGGCUAUCGAUGUUGCCAACAGGUUUUUGUGCUUCCUCAUGCUUUUCUCCCUAACUACACUCGUGGCCAUUGGUUUAUCUGUUGGGAGAACCUACAUAAUGGGAUCCUUUGCCUACGCUUCAUGGGGUCUUUCUUCAGUCUUGCCUGCUAUCCGUGUCACUGUACUCACGUUGGGGUUCCAUGUAAUCUCCCCAUUUGUUUGCAAGAUUUCUGGGAACACUGUAAAUGAUGCUCGGAAAGCAAUAUUCAUUGGUGGGUUUGUUCCAUUGGUUAUGGUUUUAUCAUGGAAUCUGAUUGUUUUGGGGCUUUCUGGGACACACGAUGUAUCGUCCUCUGGAGACCCUAUGUCACUCCUGCUCUCUAUCAGCUCUGCUUCAUUAGCCUUGGCCACUAGCUUCAUAGGUUAUGCUGUUAGCUUUCCAAAACAGGUGGUCGAUACCUUGGAGUUGAUUUUUGGAAAAUCCUACUCAAAACAAACUUGUAAUCAAUCUGGAACUAUAUCUGUUGAGGAUGGAGUUCGAAAAGUUGGUUUUGUUACCUAUUCAGGUGAGCAUUAUCUUGGAAAUGUGGGAAGAUUUCAUAUGGUGGAUCAAGGCAAAUUCUUGCCGGAGAAGUUAAAUUGUUACCUGGUUUUAGCUUGUUAGACAGCAUUGCGACCUUAUUUGUACUGGCUGUUCCGAUCCUCAUAGCAUCUCUCUCUCUCAUUCAACCUUCUCAAGAGCCCUUGACUUCGCUGGGAUCUAUGCUAAUUGCUUUCUGUUUGGCAUUCUUCCUCCAGUAAUGGCAUACAUUCACCAAUCAAGGGAGAAACUUAGGUCAUCCAUCCUACCAGGAGGAGACUUGGCCCUUCUACUUCUCUUUGCUAUUGCUGUCAUAUUAGGCAUUUGGCAUUAGAUGGCUACCUCCAAUAUCCAGCACAAAAAUAUUUCUAAAUUCAUGUUGGUUGGAGAUUAAUUUAGUGAAUUGUAGUGCUACAACUU